AUGGCUGUCUCCAUUGAGGAGCUGGACAGUCUUGUCCGCGAUUUCUACGAAGGGCGCGGCGAGCAGUUUAAGGAAGACCCUGAUGCCUGGCUUAUGGUCGAUAAGAUAUUGUCCGAUGCAACCUACCCUCAAACGAAAUAUUUGGGCCUUCAAGUCCUCGAUAAUGUCAUCAUGACUAGGUGGAAGGUCCUUCCCCGCGAACAAUGUCAAGGCAUCCGAAACUUCAUUGUUCAAUUCAUCAUCCAAUGCUCUGGCUCCGAAGAGUCUCUGCGCUCCCAAAAGACGCUGUUGAACAAGCUAAACCUCGUUCUUGUGUCGGUGCUGAAGCAGGAGUGGCCUCACCAGUGGCCAACCUUUAUCAACGAAAUCAUCACGUCGUGCCACUCGAGCCUCUCGAUCUGCGAAAACAACAUGACGAUUCUCCGUCUCCUUUCCGAGGAGGUUUUCGACUAUUCUGCCGAGCAAAUGACGUCGACCAGGACCAAAAACCUCAAGACGACAAUGUGUGCCGAGUUCUCCCAAAUUUUCCAGCUAUGCCAAGAGAUCCUCUCCACGGCAAACCAGCCCAGCCUGAUCAAGGCCACCCUCGAGACCUUGCUCCGGUUCUGCAACUGGAUCCCCCUCGGUUACAUUUUCGAGACAAACCUUAUUGAUACCCUCCGUACCCGUUUCCUCGAAGUUCCCGAGUUCCGCAACGUUACACUCCAGUGUCUGACAGAGAUCGGUGGUCUGCAGACUGGUGGGCCUGGCCAGCCAACCUAUGAAGAGCAGCUGGUGAAGAUGUUCACCGAAGUCCUAACCACCAUCUCCAACAUUAUCCCCAUCACAUUAGACCUCAAGGAGACGUACCCCAACAGUAACUCGCGCGAUCAAGAGUUUAUCCAAAACCUCGCGCUCUUCUUGUGCAACUUCUUUAGCAUGCAUCUCAAUCUCAUCGAGAACCUUCCCAACCGCGACUUCCUGUCUCACGGACACUUUUACUUGAUCCGAAUAUCCCAAAUCGACGACCGCGAAAUCUUCAAGAUUUGCCUUGACUACUGGCUGAAGCUCGUCCAAGAUCUCUACGAGGAGAUGCAGCAGCUUCCAGUCGCCGAUCUCAACCCGCUGAUGGGCAUGGGCGGCGGCAUCUCGGGCGGUGGUGCCCCCAACCCGGCCCUCCUGGCGAACUACCCCCUUCGAAAGCACAAGUUCACCGAAAUCCUGUCCAACCUACGAGUAGUUAUGAUCGAGAAGAUGGUUAGGCCAGAGGAGGUUCUUAUCGUAGAAAACGACGAGGGAGAGAUUGUGCGAGAAUUUGUCAAGGAAAGCGAUACCGUUCAGCUUUACAAGACGAUUCGCGAAUGUCUCGUAUACCUCACACAUCUCGACGUGGUCGACACGGAAAACAUCAUGACGGAAAAGUUGGCGAGGCAGGUCGACAAUUCCGAAUGGUCAUGGCAUAACUGCAACGUCCUAUGCUGGGCCAUCGGUUCCAUUUCCCUGGCCAUGAACGAGGAGACGGAGAAGCGAUUCCUCGUAACCGUCAUCAAAGAUCUUCUCGGCCUGACCGAGAUGAAGCGAGGAAAGGACAACAAGGCUGUCGUUGCCAGUAAUAUCAUGUAUAUUGUUGGCCAAUACCCGCGGUUCCUCAAGGCGCAUUGGAAGUUCCUCAAGACGGUGGUGAACAAGCUCUUUGAGUUUAUGCACGAGUCUCACGAAGGUGUCCAGGACAUGGCUUGCGACACCUUUAUCAAGAUUGCUCGACAGUGCCGCCGUCACUUUGUGGCCCUCCAGCCAAGUGAGCAGGAGCCCUUCAUUGAGGAGAUUAUUAGGAACCUCCAUAAGAUUACCUGCGACCUCACACCUCAGCAAGUCCACACGUUCUACGAGGCAUGCGGUUACAUGGUCGCCGCCCAGGGUAGCAAGCCACAGCAAGAGCGCCUUCUCGCCGAUUUGAUGGCACUGCCGAACGCUGCUUGGGAUGAGAUCAUCAAGCAAGCCACGAUGAGCCCUGCGAUUCUCCAAGACUCGGAGACGAUCAAGGUCAUUGGCAACAUCAUGAAGACAAAUGUGUCGGCAUGCACAUCCAUUGGGCCUUAUUUCUACCCCCAGAUCGGGAGGAUCUACCACGAUAUGCUCCAGAUGUACCGCGCCACUAGCACCUUGAUUUCCGAGGCGGUAUCCAAGGAAGGCGAAAUCGCGACCAAGAUGCCCAAGGUCCGAGGUUUGCGCACGAUCAAGAAAGAAGUCUUGAAGCUCAUCGAGACGUACGUCGAAAAGGCUGAGGAUCUUCAGGCGGUUAGGUUGCAAAUGGUUCCUCCUCUCUUGGACUCCGUUUUGGUGGAUUACAACCGCAAUGUGCCCGGUGCCCGAGAUGCCGAGGUCCUCAAGGCCAUGUCUGCCAUCAUCUCGAAGCUCUCUUCUCUGAUGGACGAUCAAAUUCCUACCAUUAUGGAAAAUGUGUUCGAGUGCACGCUGGAGAUGAUCAACAAGGACUUUUCCGAGUUCCCCGAGCAUCGAUUCGAGUUCUUCAACCUCCUUAGGGCCAUCAACUUGCACUGCUUCCCUGCGUUGCUCAAGCUUGACAACCGCCAGUUCAAAUUUGUCAUUGACUCGUGUUCGUGGGCGUUCAAGCACGACAACCGAGACGUCGAGGCUGCCGGUCUCAACAUGUGCUUGGAGCUGAUCAACAACAUUGCCGAGAAGACGGAUGUCCAGACAUCCAACAUGUUCUUCCAGCAGUUCUUCAUUCCCAUCUUGCAAGACAUCUUCUACGUUGCGACUGAUCCCGAUCACAAGGCCGGCUUCAAGACGCAGUCGAUGCUUCUGAUGAGGCUCUUCUACUUUGUUAGCCCUGCGGACGGAACAUCUCCCAAGAUCCAGGGCCCAAUCUAUCCUCCUACGGAAGCGCAGCCGGGCACUGGAAACAAGGAGUUCCUGGCCAACUUUGUGGCACUGCAGAUGAAGAACGCGUUCCCCAACCUACAGCCGGCUCAAAUCUCGUCAUUUGUCGAGAACCUCUUUGCGUACAACACCCAAUACGACAAGUUCCGCCUCAACCUGCGAGACUUCCUCAUUUCCCUCAAGGAAUUUGCCGGUGACAAUGCGGAACUCUACAUUGUAGAGAAGGAGCAACAGGAGCGGGAUGCCAAGGCGGCGGAUCUCGAGCGCCGAGCCAAGGUGGGCGGUCUCUUGAAGCCUUCAGAGUUGGAGGAGGACGAGCUGUGA